AGAAGAGACUUGUUACACGGAUUUGAAUAUCUUGAAUCUUGAAUCUUGAAAAACCAAAACAACAAAUUUCAAUGUGACGGACAAAUGCAAAUCCACAACCAACAUUAACUUCCUCAACCUUCUUUCCCUCCACUCAUCAUGGACCAGCAACAGCCUCUGCCUUCCACCACUGACCCACCUCCACCAUCACAACCUCAACCAACGCAGCCGCCGCCGCCAAUGCAAUCGCAAAUGGCACAAAUUCAAAAACAACCAGCUCCAUCCGCACCUUGGACGAUACCCUCAACAUUCUCCACCCCAAACCCAAUCCCAAAAGCCUUACCUUCGCCAACGACACCAUCCCAACAACCAACGCAUCCGAAACCAAUUCUCGCCACUCCUCCGCCCAGACCCACCACCGCCACAUUCUCGAAUCCCUGGCAACAGCAAUCCUCCCAGUUCACCCAUUUCUCUUCCUCUUGUCCCUCCGUUUCAUCAUCGUCCCCUUCGCCGAUUCUUUCCUCUCAGCCGAGGGGCAGCAUCGCCCUCGGUGUUCCCUCGUCGCAUUCUAGCCCUUCUCCUCCAUCUCCUUCACCUUCGCAAUCCUCUCCGUUUUCAAGUUUCUUUGGCCAUUCCAUUGGUGGAGCCUCUAGUUCCAAUGUUUCCCAGGCAAGGCCGCCAAUGCAAGGGAUGGCGAUAGGAUCAUCAAUUGGCUCAAGUUCUCAAAUGAAGCCAGGGGGUGUUUCUGCUCAGCAUCAGCAAAGGCCUGUGCAAUCAUCUCUUAGACCACCUUCUUCACCAAAUAGCCAGUCCCCUGCCACCCAAAAUUUCCAAGGGCAUGGCCUUAUGGGAGUGUCAGCUGUUGGUUCUUCUGGCUCUUCAACACCAAGUACACCACAAACUAUGCAAUCCCCUAAUCAACCAUGGCUAGCAUCUGGAUCACAAGGGAAGCCUCCUUUGCCACCCCUUUCAUAUAGACCACAGAUUAACUCGCCAUCCUUGCAGCAAAGGUCACAUAUUCCCCAACAACGUCAUUCCUUGCCAACAGUUUCACAACAACAGCAUGUAUCAUCCCCACAGUUGCCACAACCUAUACCAUCGCAUCAGCAGCAGGAACAUUUCGGACAACAAUUUUCGCAAUCGAGGGCCCCACAAUCUUUGCCCCAUCAACAGCAAGUUUCAAGAGUUCAGGGUUCGGCAAUUCAAAAGCCUUCUUCUCUUGCAAUGGUACAACCAAGCACUGUCCAGCUGGUGAACCAAAAUAAAGCAGCUAUUACAGAAAGUGACAAGUCUGGUGGUCGGAUUCUUAGCAAAAGAAGCAUUCAUGAUCUAGUUAACCAGAUUGAUCCAUCUGAGAAGUUGGAUCCUGAAGUUGAAGAUAUUCUUGUGGAUAUUGCAGAAGACUUUCUGGAUAAUAUCACAACAUUUGGUUGCUCACUGGCUAAGCUUAGAAAAUCAGAUACGUUGGAAGCAAAAGACAUUCUCCUGCAUCUAGAAAUAAACUGGAAUAUGACUCUUCCAGGAUUUGGUGGUGAUGAGAUUAAGACUUACAGAAAACCGCUCACAAAUGAGGUUCACAAUGAGCGGCUUGCAGUGAUAAAGAAAUCAAUCUUAGCGACUGAGGCAGCCAAUGCUAAGCACUCGAUGGGACAAGCUGCUGUAAAUGCAAAGGGUAACCUUGAAAAAGCAGCAUCCAAUAACUUGGGUUCUCCAAAUGUUAAAACAUGAGAAGUAAAAUGAGGAUCCUUUCUUGACAAUAUUGAAUGUCAGAAAACAUUUUCCUUUGAAGGUAUGCCAACUAUCAUGCAGGUCCAGGUAAUGUCCAUAUACUCAGCUAUCAGAAUUUAAUUGAACGUUAGAAUGGUGCUUGACUUAGGCCUCUAAUGGUUCUUAGCUAUGGUAAAACCAUGGAUAAAACUGUUAAAUUGUUGAGAAUGUUAUUUAUUGCUAAAUACCAUUUCAGCAAUUCAAAAAAGUUUCUUCCAUGUGCUCCUGUAUAGUUUAUAUGUUAUAGGUUUGUUUUAGAUCACGUGUUACAUAUCAAGAGGAGCCACUAUUGUCUUGCUCUGUGAGAAAGGUUGGAUUUGAAAUCCCUGUCAUGUUUUAUGAAAAGAGAUGAACCUGGCAUGCAGUGUCAUGACUUUUUACUCAUGAGCAUGGACUGAUUGCUGUGCAUUGUUCAAAACUUUUUUGUAAGAAUUUCGUUUUUUUAAUGUCCAUGUUCUCUCAUUUUAUGCAGGAUGAAUUGGCUGAGGACCAAAAUUUUGUACUCUGACUAAGAUGCACAUAAAUUCAUUUUUGAAGAUUCUAUUGGCACAUUUCUAAUGCCACCUUGGAGCCAUGUCGAGAAUUUUAAAAAUUUUUCAAGUCGGUGCUCCCUGGUACUGUAUUCGUCACUAACUUCCAUUAUCACUGCGUCCUGUGAAAGGAUUCAUGCAAUUACAUUUUGCCAAUGAUUUUACCUCUGAUUCUAUUCCACAACUAUAUUAGUGGACCAUUGGGUUAUUGACAGCUGUAUGCAAGCUUUCCGUAACUGCGAAAGGUGAAAUCCACAGUAAAAAUUAGGCGGCCAUGCCUGUGGAUGCAUGUGAUCUCCAAAUCUUUUCUCUCGGGUUAUCACUUUCUUUUUUCUUUGGUUACCAAUUUCGUUGAAACCAGCAUUGUUAACCAAACAAAGAUAGUGCUCGUCCCGUCUCAUUAUAAUCGUUCAUCUUUUAGCAACUUCCAAUUUCAAAAGCUAAACAGUCAAGCAAUUGAUCCAGUCCAUUUGUUUUGCAAAUGUGAACCCGUCAUCUUUAAAGCCACCAGUGAUUUCAACACAACGAAACUGACCUCUUCGUCUAUUAUACAACUGCUGGGCUCUAGCUUUGCCAAGGUCAAGCCUUAGCAUUCAGGAUUCAUAAUCAAGUUGCAGUCUCAAAUCAAAGUUAAUCAAAGCUUUAGAGUCAACUUAUUUCCAUCCAUUUAUCCCAAACGAACCCAACUGCAAUACAAAGAAAGCAAGGUCAAAAGCA